UGGCACUUGGGAGACAACCGCAACUCUUCUAUCGACUUGGUGUAACGAUGCUACGAGCAAGUAGGAUAUCGCGGUAUUAUCACGAAAUUGCACUUCUGUCGAGUCUGAAAGCUGGACUUAGUUUCCGCUCACCAGGACCUGCGUUAGCAGCGCUUAAUCUAAGACAUUUGUCAACACGGGAUAGACACAGCCGUCCCACUGCGUCAUUCACCCACAAACACCAACCUGGCCUGAGAAACAGGGGGUUCUCGUUUACUUCUCAUGUUGGAAGUGAUGCCGUGGGAAAGAUUCAGUCAACCCACUACCAUCUGAUUUACACGUGCAAGGUCUGCUCCACCAGAUCGGCCAAAACGAUAUCCAAGGUGGCGUACCACAACGGCGUGGUCAUAGUGACAUGUCCGGGAUGUGAGAAGCAUCACAUCAUCGCUGACAACCUGGGUUGGUUCUCCGACCUGGAAGGCAAGAGAAACAUCGAGGAAAUCCUCGCAGCCAAAGGAGAGACUGUGAAUACGACAGGAGAUGCCACUUUAGAGAUAGUGGUGGACGGGUCCGGUAAAGGAGUGUCACAGCAUGAGGAUGACACAGACAAAGAUGAUCCACAAAAAACGUGAUUGCAAUUGUAUUUUGAAUCUUUAACCAUUGUAAAUAAAUAAC